UAAACAACAUGGCGGUCAGUGAAAAGGAAACUAGACACUGAAUAUAAUUACCAUGUGGAAUGUUGAAGUGGUGAAUAUGAGUUCAGCCAAAAAACAAAUCUGCCUAUACUGUAGUACAGUAUGCUAGAAGAUCUAAUUGACUGGAGUAAAACUAACAGGCUAAGAACGAUUAAAUUAAACGCAUAAAAACAAUCUCACAAUGCCUCCAAAGAAGGGUAAGAAGAAGGGCAAAAAGAAAGGGAAGCCAAAAAAGUUGGCGGGAACUGCAGAGACCCCUCAACAAGUGAUGAAACGUUUCCUGCGUACAUAUGAAAACAAUUGUUUGCAGAGCAAUAGUCUUGUAUCACCUAGUCUCAAGUCAAAGAUUAAAAAUUGUAUUGAAGAAAAUCAAAUACUUGCCAAGUUUGUGUUAGAAGCAGUACCUAAGAUUUUACCUGAAGACACACAGGUCAGCAUUGAGUCCUUACUUCUCUCUAUAAGGCAAGAGCAUUACAAGUGGAUCAAGGAUGUCCAUAUAUGGCAAUUACCACUACAACACCAGGAUAUAGCUACAUUGGCCUUACUGAUGGAGAGGGGGGCAGACAACUACCCCAUUAAAACGCUAGAAAUGAUGGACUGUUUGAUCGAACCAUAUCCUCUGAAACGAUUAUCAGAAGCCUUCCCAGCAUGCAGCUCUCUUACAAAUAUACUGCUUGAUUACAAUGAGUUUGGGGAUGAAGGAUGCAUGAACCUAUGUCGGGGCUUAGAAGGCAACAAGACUGUCAUUUCAUUGAGUAUGUGCUUCUGUGAGCUCACCUCAAAAGUUGGCAAAAUCCUUGGUGACAUAGCGGCAACCACUGCUGUCAGAGAAUUCUACCUUGAUGGUAAUGAUAUAGGAUGUGAGGGUACACUAGAGUUGUUGCGUCUUUGUGCAGAUCAAGCUGAAAUUGAAGCCUAUGAAAGGGAAGAAGCCAAACGUAAGAAACUAGAAGAAGAGGCAUUGUUGGAAAUGCAAGCUAAAGAGAACAAGUACAACUUUGAUGCACCAGUUGUUGAGAAAGUGGAUGAACCUAAAGCAGAUGACAAAAAGAAAAAAGGUAAAAAGAAAAAAAAGAAGAAAGUUAAAGAGCCCCCAGGACCACCCCCAGUAGGACCAUGGAUAUAUAAACUACACAUAGCUGAUAAUGGAUUAGAUGCCAUGGGCCCUGGUGGAAACUUUGCUCCACUCAUCUGUAUGCGGUUGAUUAAACAAUUAAUACAGAACAGUAUGUGCCUUGAAGAGCUGGACAUUGAAGAUAACCUUAUAGGAGAUAUGGGAGGAAGAGAAGUGUUAGAAGGACUAAGAGAACGGACUGAUGCUAAGAUGCCUGGCUUGAAACUCCGUACCACCCACAGAAUGAACGAUGACACAUUUAGUGAACUGGUCAAACUGGGUACAGGUCUCAAGAAAAAGAAGAAAAAAGGCCGUAAGAAGAAAAAGAAAUGAGAUGAUUGGAUUUCAAGAACUGAGAUUAAAAAAUCGUGCAGUAUAUGUAGAAGUAGAUGACAAAAGAUAGAUUACAAGCUGAAACAAUGGAUGUGUGACUUUCAGAUUAAAAUAUGAGAUUUCUCAUUUUAAGGAUAAAAUGGAAUUGAAAGUAGCUGUCACACAAGCCUUAUAAGUUCACCAUUCUCCACCAUGUGGCUAAUUUUUGACAAUAAUUUUUAAUUAAUUUUUGUAUUUGGUGUGAUGGUCUUACUUUAAAACUGUUUGUUUUGCCCACUGUGAAUCCAUGUCGUAGCCCGCCAU